UCUUCACCAUGAUGAAGGAUCUGGCUACGGUGGCUUUGCUUGCUGCAGUGGCUCUGCUUGUGGCGCAGCCUGCUGUGGGUGCCAAGAGCCUCGACCUGGAUGUGGUCGGUGUGCACAAGUAUACUGAGCUGCUGACCGGCAACACGGAGGCACUGGUGACGGUCUGCCCGGUACCUGUGGAGAUCAUGCGGCACACGGUCGAGUGCGACGUGGAAUCGUUUGUCAAGGUCGGGCUGGAGUACGCCAACGAGGUGGGGCCAGGCAACCGGUCUGCACUCGGUUACGAGGUGCUGGACAUUGUCAACGAUUUCCUGGACUCUGCCAAGGGCACGACGCCGGUCAACGACGUGUGGGGCUACUACUCGCAGGAGACCGGGAUGACGCUGGCGGUGGUGGGCGCCGGCAACGGAGUCUCGAUUCUCGACACGACGGUGCCGCAGGCGCCGGUCUCGGCGGCGUUCUUCAAGGGCUACUUUUCCAUCUGGCGCGACCACAAGGCGUACUCGAACUACAUUUACUCGGUCCACGACUCGAUGUACGGGCAGGCGUUCAUCGACUCGCUGACCAACGUGGACCCGACGUAUCUCGAGCCGUACAAGACCGGUGACGGACUCUCUGUCAUCGACGUCUCGUUCCCGCGGACGCCCAAAGAGGUGAAGCGCGACAACAGCGACUUUGAGUUUGCGCACAACAUCUUUAUCGAGACGGACCGGCCGUACGCGUACGUGUGCGGCGGCGACGUGACUAAGGGCAUGGCGUCUGCCGGUGGCAUCCGGGUCUAUGACCUGUCUGACCCAGAGAACCCGGUGUCGAUUGCCACCUGGGGCGACUUUUACGUCCACGACCUGGUGGUGCAGUACCGUGAGGACGCCGGGUACGUCCUCUACGCGUGCGGCAUCAACGAGACGCCGCCGAACCCUUCGCUCUUCCUUCUCGGCGUCAACGACCCUGCCGGCGCUGGCGUGGAGACCAUUUCGAUCUGGCCGACGACGUACAAGCUGACUCACAACGCGUGGCCGACGCUCAACAACGAGUACCUGUAUGUGACCCACGAGGACAUCGGCUCGCCGGUGACCAUCUUUGACAUCCGCGACGUGCACGCGGUUAAGGAGGUCAAUGAGAUCUACAUCGUCAAGGACAACGACGGCGUCUCAGCGCACAACGCAUUUGUCAAGGGCGAGGAUGAACUGUGGAUUUCUUACUACACUGAGGGCGUUGUGGUGUACGACAUUUCCGACCCAGUCCACCCGGUUGUUGCCGGCCAGUACGACACCUCGCACCUCAAGGUAGGCUUUGGUGGCGCUUGGGGCGUGUGGCCCGGCUACGGCGAUCCCAACCCGUACAUCUAUGUCUCGGACAUGCAGCACGGCCUGUUUGUCAUCGAGCCCAAGGACGUGACCCCGGCUGCGCCUUCGCCAAUCCCGGCGCCGGCCAAGACCUCGCUGGCCGGGCCGUACGCGGUCUCGUUCAUUUCGCUCUUUAUCGGUUUUGCUGCUGCCGCCGGCCUCGCCUUUAUUGUGAUCAAGGCCCGGUCGUCGGGCGGGGCAGGGGCGUAUGUGGCGGUGUAAUGGCAGGUUUAAAGGGAGCAUGUGUGCGCUA